AACUGAAUUUGCAUUCAAUGUGAAGAUUGGCAUCAAUUCAGAACAAAUGGAGACGUGAUGUAUGUGUGACCCAAACGAGUGGAUGCCGUGAAUGAGUGGACAUCGCAUUGAAUAUCAUUGACUGGAAGUGCUAUUCAUAUGAUAUCAGAGUAAUGAGUGGUGAGGGAAGUGAUAGUGAAGAACCCAUUGUUGUGAACAACAAGUUUGCAAACGAUGGAUCAUUCCUCGAGUUGUUUAAACAGAUGCAGAGGAAUAGCCAUCAGUUGAACACCAAUGACACCAAUGAUGACAACUGUGACCACAAAACCACUGCUAAUACAAACGACAAGUGUUUGUCUUCAGCCGAAGAUAACAAAGACUGUGACAAAGACACGACUACUGAAGACACGACACCGACCACAACGACCACCACUUCGAGCACAUCUCGUAAGCCUGUGGUGAAUCCAAAUAAGAGACGUCCGAAGACUUUGAAGACGGGUCUCAUUAAGAAGCCGAAGACAGACGACUCGGAUGGAGAGGAGGGCGAGGGUCAGCCCACAGACGCCUGGAAUCGGUAUAUGAGAGAAGUCCGCAAAUAUAAGGAGAAGUAUGGGGACGACAACGACAAGAAUAGACCUCUCGUCAAAUAGUUGGCAUCCCUUCCCACUCAUGCCCUCAUCCCUGGCCUCCAACCCCACCAUUCGUUGACUAUAACCACAAUUUGUGAGCAAUUCAAUGAAAAUGAAUUGUAAACUAAAUCUGUUUUAAGUUUAUAUUUAUUAAAACACAUAAUUUGUGAUCCAAUGAAUGAAUGCAUUUGCGAUUCUCUGUAUAAAACUCUUUAUUUAAAACAAACCAACAUUUUGUUAAUUAUUUAAUAAAAUAUGAAUUUCAAGUUUU